AAGCUCCAUGACCCGGCAAUUAACAACUUCAAAAAUUAUCAAACCUUAACGUAUGUAGACAUCAUUUACGGUAAACUUAUAUUUACAUCAUUAAUUACGAAGCAUAGAAUACGUUAUAUUAUUGAUGAGUGCAUAAAAGGACUCAAUAUACUUAAUUAUAUAUGUUUAUAUAAAAACGACUCGUUAGUUUAGUGUACAUCAUGGGCUCCGCUCUAUUUAAAGCUCAAGAAGCUUUGCUUCAAACAUCAAAACAACUACACAAGUACAGUCUUAAGGACUAUAGCAUUGUCUUUUGUUUGGUGUAUGUACUGACAAUCACCGCGAUGGGAAACAAACGUGUGGUUUUGGCCCUAGCAAUGUGUCUCGUUAUCUCAAGCUUCCAUGAGAUUUCUUGUCAGCAGGUUGGCGGAAGCAGGGAAUUUGGAACCUUAGAGGGUCAAGAAUCUGAAUCUAAUGUCCAAACCUUCGAAGGGAAAGCGACAUCAUCUGUGUCUCACUCACUCGAAGCUGAGUAUGAAGCUGCUGGUAGUUAUGAAGCGGGUCAAAGUUCGAGUAGCUUGGACGACACCAAACGUGGAUUUAAUAAAAAUGCUGGAUCUGAAGCUGAAUUAAUGGACGCUUCUGAAACUGGUGGUUCCUAUCAAGAGCAGGUGAAAGAGCUUCAACAACGCCAGAGAGAAGCUUCGGCAUCUAGCAGAACUGUUGUAGAAGAAGAAAUCACAGAGGAAAAGAGUAAGGUGGAAACACGUGGAAAUACAUUCCAAGGGGGUGAACGUACAGGUGACGGAAGUGACAUAAACCAAAAUUAUCUAUCUGAGCAAAACCGAGGGUUCAUGAUAAAGGAACCGACAAUAACUAGAAAUGAAGCUGGAUCAAUGGGGAGUCAUCAACAUUAUGAGACGAAGCAAGAGUCAACUGAGGAUCGUCUAGAGUAUCAUGAGUCGAGGACUAGCAGUAGUGGCUCAAGCAGUGGCUCAGGGAUUCGUGGAUCUCUACCAACUGGACAGUCAGGUCGAUGGCGCUGUAUUAACCAAGACAAUAAUGGUGGUAAAGGAGACGAUUCUAUAGAGAUACCAAACUAUGAGUUCAAUGACAUCAUCAAGGAAGAAUCCAUCGAGGGAUACUCGUCAAAGACCUCUAGUCUAAUAACAUCGCUGACCGAGAUGGUUGAUAAGCAUAAGAAAAGACAAUGGACAGAUGUAAAAACAGGAAAGGUUUCUACUACGGUAACAUCAGAGAAAAUAAAACAGCUAAAAAUGACCCUGAAAAAGUAUGUUAGUCUAAACGUAAGUGAGCUCGUGAACCAUUCGGAUUACGAGAAGAUACUUACGAUGGCUUCACAGUAUGAGGAACUGACUGCAGCUAAGGAAACCUACAUAUGGAGGCUGGCCACAUACGGGACUGUGAUAAAAGAAAGUGUAAAGACCUCUCGGCGAGUGGAAACUGUGCAACAGCGUGUCACAUUUUACCAAAACAUGGUCUCAGAGAGGCAGAAAAGGGUGGAUUCUGAGUUGGAGCUAGUCAAAGAAUUGGCUCAAAAAGGAGACAACUUGGCCGUCCAAAUAUUCGCUAUGAAGAAGGCGGUGUCGAAGCUUGAGGCACGGAAGAAGCAACUUGAAAUUCAAUUCCAGAUGAGUGUUGAGAAUCUAUCAAGCGUUCUAGAAGAAUCGACUCAUGCAUACGAGCAGCAUCGUGUGGUCGUUCGCGAGUGGAAGGAGGUGCAAGCAUCUGAGACUUAUUCGCGUGAGACCGUCCAAACGGCACAUGGUUUAUGGGUUCAGUUUCUCAAAACUAUUACUUGAAACAAAAAUACUUCUGUGUUGUUCUUUCUCUUUUGAUUUACACGCUUUUUAUCUUAUGUUUUAUGUCUCCUUGUCAUUGUCCUUGCUAUCAAACCAAUUAAUAUUUGUCCAUCUUUCA